UGGGACCGCCGCUUUCGGCCUCCCUGUCCCGGCUGCUCUAGGAGGGCAAUGUACCUGUGCUCCAGAAGCUUAGUGUUUGAUAUCGGCUGACACUCACUGAUAGCCUUUAAGUUGACAAGUGAGGGACAGUAGUAGAUUUUUUUCUAAGAGACUUCAGGUUAGUCUUUCGUUUGAGAAGUUAGGUUUCUGCACUUUUCUGAUUUGGAUCAACAGCGUGUUAAAUGCUGACUUAGGGGAAACUUUCAGUUUGUCAGAAAAACAACAAUCUGCUCCCGUAGCUCUUGAAGACUAAACUGUUUCUGAGUUCAUAAACUUAGAGCAAACUAUGAAUUCAGCCAGAUGUGUAGGUUGUCAUCAGAGCUGACCAUACAGCUGCAUUGAAGUCCAUGCCUUUAACUUUCUCUCCUUAUCAGCAAGUGAGCCUUUGUGGCUCUGUCGAUGGUUUUAACGAGAGGAGCAGUAAAAAAAGUAAUAUUGAGAGGGUUUAGUGUUUCAGUGAAGAAUUCAAGUAGAUGAGGAUAUUGGUAUAGAGAAUAUCUGAAGUACUGGGAAGGAGAUGGAACAAGUACACCACACAAUAGGACCUUAUUUGUUCAUCUUAUCACACGUCGCAUCCUUGGGUAGUGUUUUGUGUACUUUUUAUUCAUUCCUGAUCCUUCUCCUGGGAUUCCCUUUUUCAUUCUCAAAAGGCAGCAAUGGAACCCUCAAACAAACGAGAGGACCCUGGUGACAAAAAGGGCAGAUGUGCAUAUGGUUUGAAGUCAUCUGAGCAUUUUUCUAGCAUUAGUGUUUCUUGGCAGAAGAAAUUUGGGUAUUUUGCCUAGGGUGUGUAACACUUUCCAAAUCUUUUUUCGAACCACAGAGAAACAGCAUGACGAAAAUGUGACCCAGUGUUUUGUUGCACUCUGCUGUUUGCUGCUAUUGAAAAAAAAUGCGUUGAAUUUGGAAAUGCCAGAGGAAGGCAAUGAAGAUCCAAUCUAGGAAAUGUCACUUGCCUAAGUGGGACCAAGGCAGAUUUGACAGAUGUGAAAACUUUUCUUUGAGCCCUAACUUGGGAUGUUUUUUUUUUUUCCAAGGACAAGUGGUUUCCUCCUCAGCUAGUUGUUUCUACGCAGUUCCCUCUUGGCAGUUACCUGCUGCCUUGCUUUCACUUCUUGUGUCCAGCCGAAGAAGUGAUUCACCUUGACAACUGGAACCUUUUUACCCAGAUGAACCUCGUUUCCAUAAUAACUUCAAAAUAGUGAUCUCAGUGCUACAAAAAGCAAAAGUGUUGUUAGAACAAGCUUGGAUCAGUAAACUACAGUUCCUGUAAGAAAACCCCGAGUACCUUUUUCAGACUCUAAUCUAGAAAGGUACUCAUUAAUGAGUGAAGGAUCAAAAGGUGGGACGGUGGCCAAGAAGCAAUGGAGAAUAAAAGUUUAGAAGGUUCCCCAUCAGACCUAAAGUUAGUGGCUCACCCGAGAGCAAAGAGUAAAGUGUGGAAGUACUUUGGGUUUGAUACCAAUGCAGAAGGAUGCAUAUUACAGUGGAAGAAGAUCUACUGCCGUAUUUGCAUGGCACAGAUUGCCUAUUCAGGAAACACGUCCAACCUUUCCUACCACCUUGAGAAAAAUCACCCCGAUGAAUUCUGUGAGUUUGUGAAAAGUAACACUGAGCAAAUGAGGGAAGCCUUUGCCACAGCAUUUUCAAAAAUCAAGCCAGAGUCAUCGCAGCAGGUUGUUCAGGAUAGCCUCAUCAUGAAGACCUAUCAGAACUACGAAAACAAAAAGCAUCAGGAGCUGACAUCUGCAGUCAUCAGCUUAAUUUGCGAGGGCAUGUAUCCAGCCUCCAUUGUUGAUGAACCUACCUUCAAGGCCCUCUUGAGAACAGCAGACCCCAGGUAUGAACUUCCGAGCCGGAAGUACUUCUGUACAAAAGCAAUUCCUGAAAAGUACAGUGCUAUUAGAGAAAUUGUGCUGAAAGAGCUCACUGAGGUUCUGUGGUGUGGCAUAUCCACGGACAUGUGGAGGAGUGAAAACCAGAACAGGUCGUAUGUAACUGUGGCAGUUCACUUUCUCAGCAGCAGUCCUGGCAACUGCCUGGCUGUGAACUCACGGUGUUUGAAAACAUUUGAAGUACCAGAGGAUAACACUGCAGAGACCAUUACACGAGUCCUUUAUGAAACAUUCAUUGAGUGGGGGAUCAAUACAAAAGUCUUUGGUGCUACAACAGAUUACAGUAAAGACAUUGUAAAAGCUUGCUCUCUCUUAGAUAUUCCCGUACAGAUGCCUUGUUUGGGGCACACUUUUAACGCAGGAAUACAACAAGCUUUUCAGCUCCCCAAACUCUGCAACCUUCUUGCCAGGUGCCGAAAGCUGGUGGAGUAUUUUCAGCAGUCUACGGUCGCGAUGUACAUGCUGAGUGAAAAGCAGAAGCAGCAGAAUAUUCUCCAUUGCAUGCUGGUAAGUGACCGUGUUUCCUGGUGGGGAAGCACGCUCGCUAUGCUGCAGCGCCUCAAGGAGCAGCAGUUUGUCAUUGCGGCUGUUCUGGUGGAGGACAGCAACAACCACCACCUCAUGCUGGAAUCCAGUGAGUGGAAUACAAUCGAAGGGCUGGUGGAGCUGCUCCAGCCUUUCAAGCAGGUUGCAGAGAUGAUGUCUGCUUCAAAGUACCCGACGAUAAGUAUGGUGAAGCCACUUCUCCACAUGCUUCUGAAUACUACUCUGAACAUCAAAGAGAAUGAUUUGAAAGAAAUCAGCAUGGCAAAGGAGGUGAUUGCUAAAGAGUUGUCAACCACCUACCAGCACACACCUGAGAUAGACAUGUUUCUCAAUGUUGCAACUUUCUUGGAUCCCCGCUACAAGAAAUUGCCUUUUCUUUCAGCCUUUGAGAGGCAGCAGGUGGAAAACAGAGUGGUGGAAGAAGCAAAAAGCCUGCUGGAGAAAGUGAAAGAAAAUAGCUUUAGAACUGAGGAGAAAUUCUUUGCUGUUUCAGAAGAGCCCCCUAUGAAAAAAAUCAUCAUCUCUUCUACUCCUCCUCCUACCAGUGUCAUCAACAACAUGCUUGCAGAGAUCUUUUGCCAGACAGGAGGCGUGGAAGACCAGGAGGAAUGGCAUGCUCAAAUCAUUGAGGAGUUGAGCAACUUCAAGUCGCAAAAGGUCCUCGGUUUGAAUGAAGACCCGUUGAAGUGGUGGUCUGACAGACUAGCGCUGUUUCCAGUUUUACCAAAGGUUCUUCAAAAAUACUGGUGUAUUCUGGCCACAAGGGUCUUCCCUGAACGCCUUUUUGGCUCUUCUGCUAAUGUUGUAAGUGCAAAGAGAAACCGGCUAGCCCCAGCUCAUGUGGACGAGCAGAUUUUUUUGUAUGAAAACAGUCGCAAUGGGUCUGAGGCAGAACCGGAGGAUGAAGAUGAAGGAGAGUGGGGUUUGGAACAGGAACAGAUUUUUAAUUUAAAUGACUCGGUAAACAUAAACAACAACUUCUUUAAUAUUCGAGACAGUGGGUUUGUUUAACAGGACUGCUGUGGUACAUUUAAUGACAAAGAAAAGAGGUAUUUGUCUUAAGUUACCAAAAAUUCUUCUGUUUUAUGCUAUGGAUGCUGUAAAUAUUGAACAAUUGUAACAAACUUGAUUUAGCUUCCAUUGUCUGUGUUUUUCCCACUGUCUUAAAACAAGAAUGACAUGAUCAAACAGUACUGAAAUGAAUGAGGAAAUGCAUUUUACAAAGACCGUGAUUUCAGACUGUGGCCCAGAUUUCAGAAAGCACCUGUCCAUGUGCUUCCUUUCCACUUGUUUCAGUGGGAGACAAACACAUGCUUAUGUGCUUUCUAUCUUAAAACUAUUUUCCUGAGUUAGGACCUUGAGGAAGUUUUUAAAAUUUAUGCCUCCGUUUGUAAAUCCUGUGUGACUCAGGAUGCUAGCUUUAAAUUUUGGAUUUUAAAACAUUUUUAAAAUCCAUAGAUCUGAGCAGUGAAUAUUUUUAGAAUAUAUUGUUGCUAUGAAAUGAAAAAAGAUCUUGAGCCUGAUUUUCACUACCUCAUGUCUUAGGUCUGGUCUAUGCUAGAAAAGUUCAGCUGGUAUAAUUCUGUUGGUUAGGGGACUGAUGUGUUAUUAUUUUAACUGAUACUGUGCUGGCAUAGGCUGUAGUGUGGAUGCAUUUAUACCAGGAUAAUUUAUUUUCCUUUCCAGUGCAGUGUAAAUGGUAUAAACACUUAAAAUGGUAUUGCUGUGUCCACCUUAGUCCAGUUUUACCAUUUAACUGCAGCUAAAUGGCAAAAUUGUUUUUUUUUCUUUUUGUUUUGCUUUGUGUCUAAGCAAGACCUGAUUGUAGUCUCUUGUGCUUUUGCAAAGUGGGAACCAAGUGUGGGGUCGAGGCAGUGUUGUGUUACCUUUGCCUUGUACCAAUGCCAUGGCUGAUGCCACAUGGUGUGUAGCAGGCAUCAGCCCUUUGGAGAGGGAAGGACAGGGCAGGGAGAUUGUCCACAGGCCACGGGUCUUAAUGGUUUAUCUGUGUUAUAAAAUCCUUAACCUCUUCAUUUAAUGGGGACUUCGCCCAGGGUAGCUAGAAAAUUUUAUUGGCAAGAAAAGCAAAAUAAAAAGCUUUAAUAUUAUGUAAAUAUAUUUAAAAGAAGGGGACCCCUCUAUUUCCUCACAUGUAUUUAGUGUAUCUUUAAAAUUAUUUUUUGUUAUGUUAGCACUUAAAAACUUUUUUCACCUGUCUCUUUGAUUCAGUUUGUAGAGUGGACUUCAGUCCUGUCCAGUCUAAUGUUUGAGUACUGUUUCCGAUGAGUUGUGUAUUAUAGCUACUCCCCUUGUGUCUCCAAGCAUAAGUGUUUUAAGUCCUUUUGAAAACUUGACAAAGACAAAAACAGAAAGGAAACCAACCUGAGACCACCCCCCCUUCUCUUAUGAAAUACUGCAGGUCAUAAACGUGAUCAGAGUUCAUGCUGGACACAAAGUAGUAGGAUGCUCCAGCUUUAUUUUCUGAGGUGCAAUGGCAGACUCCUGGCAUUUUCCAGUUACAAUCAAGGUUUGCUCGGGGUUUUAUUUCUGUUGCUGGUGUCUCACCCCCCACCUCGGUGUUAGUCUACAACUGUAUUGAGCAAUAUCUGUCUGUUACUGUUCUUGAGGAAGAAAGUUGGGUUUUUUUUAUCAUGAUGGCACCCAUGGACAUUGGGUUGGAAAAUGGGCACAGACAGCAGGAACACACAAAAAUGAGAAUGGCAAUGGAAUUUAAUCUGUUGCCAAACAGCUUAUUUAUGGUUUGUUUUAAUAGUUUUUUGGAGGCCUCUGCGUUCUUUGUAGGUGGUGGGAAGGGAUGGGUGAGUAAGAAGAAAAGACAGAGGUUAGGCUGAAGGAACAGAGAAGUAAGUAAUUGCAACUACAGAAACAAAAAUGUUUAACCCUGGGAAAAAUGCAGUUAGCAGGUUCCGUGGCCUGUUAGUAAGCCUGGGGUUUCACUUUCCAGCCCCUUGAAAACUGAAUUGCACUUGUACAAAGUACAUGCACUGUGCAUCCUGUUGAAUGUUGCUACUCUCCAUGUCCACUAAAGAGGUGUAUAUAUGUUUGCCCAAGGUGCAAAGCGCAGACUUGGCCUAAAAUCAUGCAAGAAUAUAGGCUGUCUGUGAGGGCACCAAAAUCAAAUUACGGAAGGGACCGAGAUACCUGAGCUCCUGUGACACCCCGGCAGCUCUUGGUUUUUGUGGUCAUGACUUGCAGCAGCUGUUACCACUAUUGCAAGCCCUCCCUCCAGGACUUGCACAAAUGCUGAUGGGAGGUGUGUGGAUCUUGUCUUACAUGAGCGUAAUUCAAAGCUGUGCCCUCACAAUCAAGGCAAAGCCCAGAGCACCCUUGGUCCGCACUUGGCCUUCCCCUGUUGGCAGCAUUGUAUCCAUCUUCAUCCUUCUAGGGCUGAACAUAAACAGUGACACUUACAAGCAGUUUUACUGAGAUCAGUGCAAUGCACUACUCCCUUCCAGCUUCUUUUUAUUUUUUGGUAUCCAAAAUAAAAAUUGUAGUUGGUUCAAUUGAUGUGUCUCAGCAUUCUUUUAAAAAAAGGAGAAGAAAAAGAAAAAAAAAGAGCAAAACCACUGUUAGUCUUACCCAUUGUCUGUGAGAUUUUUUAUUUAAUGUUCUAAGCCUGGAAUAUUGUUAAAUAAACCAGAAAAAUAAGUUAGUUACUAGAUUAUUUGUCUGAUGUGUGGUCAUAUCUGCAGCACUUUAUGACUUUGAACUCUUCCGCAACAGGGGGAGGUUGUAUUCUAAGGAUUUAAAGCUAUGCAUUUAUUUUCCUUUCAAUCUUGUAAGUUAUUUUUUAAAAACGAUGUACAAAUCUUUUGGAUUAAAAGAAAUGAGGAUGAAAAAUGUUGGAAGUUUAGAUGGUUUCUCUCACUUAAA